AAUGGGCACAAUUCGGAAUUCCGAGUCCCAGAAGCUCGCCUCGCCUCGCUCUCCUACUCGCCCAGCGGCUUUUCCUCGCUCACUGCACGCCAGCUCGCGCAUGGAUGGUGGGGGGAAAGCUUCUGCCCCGCUCGAGCAUCAUCUCAUCGCCGUCAUCUUGAAGGGAGUGGGCUCGGGUUGAGCUUCGUGCGAAGCCGGUUGGCUGGUUGUUCUCAUGGCACUCGAAAUGCUUACAAAUGGCCGACGCAACGCGACAUCAGCGGCGUGGGCCUGUAGCAGUACUGCUUGAAGUCCGCGUUAGGAGGGCAGGGCGGUCGGGAUGGAAUCGACCCUCAUGGCACAUUGGCACCGGCAGAGCCGAUGGUCGGCCAAGACGACCCCACCUCUUCUCCCUCCCCUCUCUCACGAUGGCCCCCGCCGGUUGUGGCUUGGACCGGCUUCUUUGCUUCGCGGGCGCUGCUGUCCCUGCCGCAUAGUCGGCCGAGUCGACGGCGACUGCGGCACAUUCAAAACUGCCGGGAGUGGCAUGGACAAGCAGAGAUGAACAGGGUACAGCAGGCCUUACAAUUUCUACGGCCCGUCUUUGCGGGAUGAAAUGCACGGGGGGCAUUCACUGCUAGCUAAUGAUACGACGAGCAACCUAGCGACCCGGGUUGGAUCGACGAGAGUUGCCAACCAUCGAGAGCUUCAGCCAUAUCUAACAAUACAUGGUAGUACUAGCCACUACAAGCCACUACACAUCGUACACAUUAUCAGCGCUAGC